AUGGUUGUUGAUUAUCGCAGUGACAAUAACGGCGAUGCUGUGGCAGAAGAUAACAAAUUUCUGGUCAUCUCUGAUUUGCCGGCUGCGGACGAAAAUGACCUGAGUAUAACCAGCGGUGAAGUGUUAAGUAUCAUAGCUACAAGACCAGAUGGCUGGUGGUUGGCAAAAAAUGUGAAUGGGAAACGCGGACUGGUUCCAAAAACUUUCCUGAAACUUAUCUCAUCUUCUGACCCAAAUCCCGAACUUAGAGAACAAGAAGUAUUGUCAAAUGGCUCGCAUCUGAUGUCCGAAAGUGUUAGCAAUGCAACUGGCGUUGGAAGUCUGCCGGAUGCUGUAGAAGAAGCUGAUGUGUUGCAAAAUACGCCAAGACAAUUAACAUCUUCGAAUGGUUCUGAAGAAGAACCACGUACAUCAACUGCUGCAGCUCCUCAUUCAACUUAUGCCACCAGAACAUCGCAGUUGAAUGCUUACACAUCAAUGAAUAGGCCAAGCACUGUUCAUCGUACACCGAACUACAACGUAAAUUCAGUUAUAAUUCUUUUGUUUUUUAAUGACAUAUUUUUAGCAGCUCUAGUGAGCUAUUUCCAGACUGAACAACCACAACAAGUUGAAUGGUCACGAGGUGGAUUAGGAGCGGCUCUUGAAAAUGAUAUUCAUUUGACCUGUCAAUGUCACUUGGCACCUCGCUUGAGUGAAUCAAAUCUUGGGUUUCACGACGUUUAUUGGAAUCACGAUUCCAACAAGUUGCGUAAACGACGAGUUAGGGUUUCAAAAAUUAUUCGCCUAAUUAAACUUGAGAAGGUCUUCAGUGAUGCACCAAACGUACAGAUUCGUUUGAUCCGCGCUUGCUUGUUUGACUUCUCCGGUAAAACAGGAAAGCAGAUUGUAAGCAACGUUCACACUGUUAAAGCAGAUGACAAAAACGAGAAAAAUUGGACUUUUAGUAAUAGAACGUGUGGCGGACAAACUGGAUUGGAAUUCUCCGAGUUUUUUGUUCGAUCAAAUUAUACAAAUCCAAAUGUUGUCUUGAUGAUGGAAACAUCAGUUUUAUGCCCAAAUAACGAUGGCAGAUUGGAGGAAGAACCAAAAGGCUACUUUGUCAUUCCAAUCGUUGACCACAAUGGACGAUGCAUUCUGGAAAACAAGUGA